AUGCCUCGUGUGAGGCUACCGGAGAAUAUUGGAGAGCUCUCAAGGCUGCACACGCUGUAUUUGAACGGUCAGAACCAGCAGCCGCGACUGCCACUCUCCUUCACCCAAUUGACUUCAUUGACCAGGCUUGAACUGGCCCUGUGCACGAUUCAAGAGCUUUCCGAGAACUUGGGGAACCUCUCUAACCUGCAGGAGUUGCACAUUCGCUCCUGCCCCCGGAUUCAGCGGCUUCCAGAGUCCCUCACAAGCCUUUCGAGCCUUGAAACCCUUACGGUUGAUGACUGCUUGAAGCUCGUCUCGGUUCCCAGGAGGUUAGACAGCCUUGGGAGGCUCAAAUGGCUGGAGCUGACCGGGUGUUAUGACCAGACUCAGCCUCCUACGUCUCUGCCGCUCUCCCUCGAGGUCUUGAGUCUUGGAAACAGCUACCACGUGGAUGAUCUGCCAGACGUCUCCGUGCUGCCUUGGCUGAGAAAGCUCUCCUUGAAGCUGGUUGGAGCGCAGGAGAGGAUGGCUGUGGGCAGCAGCUUGGCGCGCGUGAAGCAGCUGGAGCUGACGCUGCAGGAGGAGGCUGUGGAGCUGCCCUUCUCCCUUGCGCUGCUCCCCCAGCUGCACACGCUGGUCAUCUGGAAUGCGGGGAAGAUGCAGCGGCUUCCAAGCGACAUGGGAUGGGCUGUGGCGCAGCUGAGGGUUGUGCAGAUCCACUGUGCGCGGGAAUUGAGGGAGCUGCCGGACAGCAUUGGCGCUGCAUCCCGCCUGCGCCAGCUGCACCUCUUUGACUGCCCCGCCCUGCACCACCUGCCCGCUUCCCUCACCCACCUUGCAUGCCUCCACCAGCUGCAUGUGGAGAACACCGGCCUGCGCUGCCUUCCUUCAGGGAUUUCGCAAUUGACCAGGCUGCGCAGUCUUAGCUUGCAUGGCUGUCUACGGCUGCAGGGUCUGCCAGAGGGCCUCACGGAGCUGAAAAUGCUGCAGUACUUGGGAAUUAAGAACUGCAGCACAAAGCAUGUGCGCGGGGAGUGGAACUAUGAGUGCAAUCAGUGGAACGUAAAGCCUUGUGGGCUCCAGAGCAUGUACGGACUGAAAAUAGAUGCGUAG